AUGCCAACACAAUCAACCUCCUCUAAUGAUGCUUCCAAUAACUAUGAACCCAUCCUGCAACAAGCAGAACAAAUCAUCCAAAAACGUUUUCUCAUUCCCUACCAAGAGAAACUCAAUCAAUUAUUAGGAGAUAGAGGAAGUAUUUCUCCAAACAAUUCAACUUCGUCAAAUCCAUCUACAUCUUCAGCAACACUUCCUCCACUCCAAUUAAUAGUAAAUUGGUCUAGUAUUAGAGAUUUAAUCAGAGAAUAUCCUGUUAAUGGUCUUUCCAUUGCUGAGAAUGCUAUUCAAAUAUUACAAGAACCAUCUUUAUAUGAAAAUAUGAGGAAAGGUGUGAUGAGAUACAUUUCCGAAGAUAAAUUACAGAGAACUAUAUUUAAUGAUCAGGUAGAUGUUAUUUGUAUUGACUUUUUUGCAGGAGGACUCAAGAGAGGAGAUCAAGGAUCUGAAGAGGAAACACUCGGAGAGGAAACAAUGGUUGGUCUCUCUGAUGAACAUGAAGGUCAUUUACUGUAUAUGAUUAAUGCCAGUACUCAGGAAAUACUUGCAUCGAGUACAUUUUAUGAACAUAUUGAGGAGAGUUUUGAUGAAUUGUUGGAAACUCAUCAACAAAUAUUGGAAAAACAAACAAGUAGUAUUUCAAAUCAAAAACAAAAAACCAAUCAAUCCAUGAAAUCCAUGCCAAUUCAAAGUGGGAUUGGAGGAGUAGCUUCAAAAUCAAGCCCUCAACUCUCCACUUCACCACUCAGUAGAGGUAGCAGUGUCAUUUUGAGCUCUUCACCAAAUGCUCAACAGAGAAGUGCUCUCUCCAGACAAACAUUUAUGAGCUCUCCAAAUUCAGCCACCACUCCAAUCUCUCCUAAUGAUUUAACAACUGGAAAAUCCAAGCCACCACUAAGAAGAAUGUCAUACGUCUAUGAUCCUAAGCAUUUGGAUGAUGACGAUUUGAUUGGAAGUUCUACCUCAAUGUCACACAUUAAUCCUGAUACAUUGGCUAGUGAUUCGGAUUUGGAUAAAAUUGAACAAUUGAGACGUGUAUGUCUUCAUCCACAUAUUUGGGAAAAGAGAGAUGUUUCCAAGUUGAUUAGAAUUUUACAAAAUGAGGAUCUUCGUUAUUGGAAACCAAAUUCUGAGCAAUCAGUCAUGAUUGAAAAAUCAGUUGAACAAUUGGAAGCUAGAUUUAAGAAAUUUGCAUCCAAUGAAAAAAUUGUCAAGGCGUGGAUGAUUACAAAGAUUAAUAGAAAGAGUUUGAAACAGGAGAGAGUUUUCGUCUUGACUGAUUCCAAAUUCUAUACAAUGAAAUUCUCAAAGGAUAUUGAUGAAAAGCAUAUCAAGAUGUAUCCUCUGAGUGCUGUAGCCAUGAUGGAUUGUGCCAGAUUUAUUCCAAAUAAGGAUAAGAAGAAGAAACCAUACGGUCUGGCAGUUUAUAUGGAUGAAGAAAAAGUAUCAUCCGGUUCCAAAGUUAAUGGAGAUGAAGCUGAAACACAUACCUAUCUUUCACAUGAUGAUAAGAAAAAGAAGAAGAAUCUCUCUCAAAAAGUCAUGGGUAAACUCCGUAAGGAAAAGACUCUCCAGACCAACUAUGAUGAUUCCUUCGAUGAUGAUGGUGAUAGCUCUUCUAUGGAUGCUUCUCGUAGAGGAACAAUUGUGGAAGAAAUCUCUCUCGAAGAAAAGUCACAACUCAGACCAGACACUAGUAAUUUGGUAGCUCAAUAUUUCAUGUCAUGCAAUACUGUUCACCAAAGUGAAGACCAACGUGAAUUCCUGAUGGAAAUUUCAUGGGCUAUCUUUGCCUGUUGUAGUGCAUUGAAAGGUGAACAACAACUCGUGCCAUUCACACAACAUCAAAUCAAGAGACCAAAGAAGGAUUUGGUUGGCACCUACUUGUAUAAUAAGCUCAGUAUUGGUAUGAAGAAAUAAACAAGCACCAAUUUUUUU